CCAAAGAAUUCUCAGUAGCUGGUGCUUCUGAUCUGACUUUUCACUCUCAGCUUUUAUGUCUUUAGUUUACAACUCGUCCCUACAAGUGAAGCAGUAUUUGAUUGCUGGCACUGUACUUGGCUAUAAGACAGUCCUAUUUGCGAUUCUUUUCCUCUCCAGUUCAUCAGAGAGCAAAAGCAGUAGAGUGCAAAAGUAGCACCCGUGUCUCAGAGCAAGGAGGAACGACAGAAGCAAUACGAAAAGACAAAGAUCGGUAAACUUUCUUCACCUGCCAGGCACAAUGUCUCGUCCUGCACACAGAAGACCAGAAUACCGUAAAAUAAAUAAAGAUCUCUUUGUCCUCACCUAUGGAGCUCUGGUUGCCCAACUCUGUAAGGAUUAUGAAAAAGAUGAAGAUGUGAAUAAAUAUUUAGAUACAAUGGGAUACGAUAUUGGAACACGGCUGGUAGAAGACUUUUUGGCUCGAUCAUGUGUGAGAAGAUGCCACAGUUAUUCAGAAAUUGCAGACAUAAUUGCCCAGGUUGCUUUCAAGAUGUACUUAGGAAUUACACCAAGUGUGACCUGUAACAACACAAGCAGAAAUGAAUUUUCCCUGAUUCUAGACAAGAAUCCUCUGGUGGAGUUUGUGGAAGAGCUCCCCACUGGGCGGUCUUCUCUGUGCUACUGCAACUUACUCUGUGGGAUUAUCAGAGGGGCCCUGGAAAUGGUUCAUUUGGCGGCUGAUGUUACAUUCUUGCAAGACAGACUAAAAGGCGACAGUGUGACAGAAAUAGGAAUAACAUUUCUGAAAAAGCUAGAUGAGAAAAAAUACAGAUGGAAAAAAUGAAGAAAAGCAUGCAAAAUGCCACAGGCUGGCUGGCUGAGGAGUUAAUAUUAGCUAAAUAUAUAUAGCCAUAUAAAUUUUGAAUUUCUUAAUAGCAUGGGAUUUAAAAGGCUUAUAAAUCAGCCAGAAAUUUGAAAUGCAGGGCAUUAAGAUUUAAAGCUGUUUUUUCUUUGCUUGUAAAUCACACAUUUUCAAUCUCAAGUCCACAAGAUUUCACAUACAAAUAACUCCUUGUAAGAUAGCAAGCAUGAAUUCUAUAUAUUAUAUAGUCUAGUCUAAAAGAGUCUGUUUAUUUCAUUUACUUAUGGCAAUGGAAAAGAAGCAUACCACCUACACAGUUGGGGUAUUUAUCUCUUCUUGUUGGAAAAAUGGAUGAAAAGAUAUAAAAUUCACUAUAUAAAGAUAGUUUCUAGAUAUUGUGUAUUGCAUUCUCUAUAGAAAUGAUAUCAAUUGCCACAAUUUUCCAUAGUUUUAUGAAGCUGUAGAUAUAGACUAAAUAUCUAUAGCCAUAGACUUUUCUCAUAUAUUGGCUUGGCUUAUAGCUUCAGCCUCCUGAAGUUACUACUGGUUUAUAAUUAUCAAGACAACCUAUUUAUUUGGAUGGUAACUCUGAAAUAUUUUAAAAUAACAUUUAAUUUUAAUUAAUUUAAUUUUUAGAUAGCUGGUAGUAACUAAAUUCCUUCCUUUAUUCAUGAAAUAUUGCUGUUGGUCAGGCCAGGAAAUAAAAUGAGAGAUACAUAAUGUUCUUUGAGAAUACUUUCUUAUUUUCAGUUAGAAAUUUUGGUCAUUUUUAUCCCUUAAAAAUAAUUGUACAAAGUAUAUUCUGUCACCAGAACAUACUUAAAAUUCACAAUGUACUGGAUUAAAUAAAUGAUAAUCUUUACCAGACCAUAAGCAUAUAGCUUAUGCUUCCCUGGUGGCUCAGAGGUUAAAGCGUCUGCCUGGAAUGCGGGAGACCCAGGUUCGAUCCCUGGGUUGGGAAG